GGCUGGAUCCUGCCCAAGUGGAAGUGUCCCUUUAACAGUGGCGCCUGCUUUGCCUCCUGUUCAGCCGUGGUUGCAGCUGCUGUGCUGACUCAUGUGCCCGCAGCCAGCAGCAGCUGGGAGCAUGGGCUCCUCGGGGGCCGCAGCAGGCUGGGGGUUUCUGGAUUACAAGACGGAGAAGUAUGUGAUAACCAAGAAUUGGCGAGUGGGCGCCCUGCAGAGGCUGCUGCAGCUUGGGAUUGUGGCCUAUGUGGUGGGGUGGGCUCUCUUCACCAAAAAAGGCUACCAGGAGCAGGACCUGGACCCCCAGAUUUCCGUCAUCACCAAACUCAAAGGGGUCUCUGUGACACAGAUCAAGGAGCUUGGGAACCGGCUGUGGGAUGUGGCUGACUAUGUGAAGCCGCCACAGGGAGAGAAUGUGUUCUUCUUGGUGACCAAUUUCCUUGUGACACCAUCCCAAGUUCAGGGCAGAUGCCCAGAGCACCCCUCCGUGCCACUGGCUAACUGCUGGACUGACAAGGACUGCCCCGAAGGGGAGAAAGGCACACACAGCCAUGGCUUAAAAACAGGCCGGUGCGUGGUGUUCAACGGGACCCACAAGACCUGUGAGAUCCAGAGCUGGUGCCCGGUGGAGAGUGGCGCUGUGCCCACGAGGCCCCUGCUGAUCCACGCCCAGAACUUCACGCUGUUCAUCAAAAACACUGUCACCUUCAGCAAGUUCAACUUCUCCAAGUCCAAUGCUUUGGAGACCCGGGACCCUACCUACUUCAAGCACUGCCGCUAUGAUCCACACUCCAGCCCCUACUGCCCUGUGUUCCGCAUCGAGGACCUUGUGGCUGAGGCUGGAGGGGACUUUGAGGACCUGGCGUUGCUGGGCGGCUCCGUGGGCAUCAGUGUCCACUGGGAUUGUGACCUGGACACCGGGGGCUCCGACUGCCGGCCCCACUACUCCUUCCAGCUGCAGGAGAGGAACUACAACUUCAGGAUGGCCACACACUGGUGGCAGGCCCCCGGCGUGGAGGCCCGGAGCCUGCUCAAGCUCUAUGGGAUCCGCUUCGACAUCCUCGUCACUGGGGAGGCAGGGAAGUUCGGGCUCAUCCCGACGGCCAUCACUCUGGGUACCGGGGCAGCGUGGCUGGGUGUGGUGAGUCUGCACUGUGGGCUCCCUCUGGCUUCAGAUGUCGGCCUGGGUCCCCCAGACGAUGCAUGCCUUGGCACCCUGCAUAUGGAGAGUCAGGGUGAAGGCUGGGGAGGUGGCCGGAGGCAGGUUGGGGUGCUGGGACAUGGGUUGGCCCUGCCUCUCCCAGGUCACUUUCCUGUGCGACCUGCUGCUGUUGUACGUGGACAGAGAAGCCCAUUUCUACUGGAGGACGAAAUACGAGGAGUGAGAACAUCGGUGUGAUGGGGUGUCAACUUGUUCCCAGCAAAACAACAAUGCAGCCAACCCAAGCCAAAGAUUCAUCUGCUUCCUCCAGAACUUUACACUGGACAUGUUUGCAGGUUCAUGUGUGGCUCAUCGAAUUGGACCUUAGGGGCAUCUGCAGCCUGUCUGGCUUGGUGGGCUGAUGACAGGAUGGUGGACUCCCAGACAAGAUGGUGCCAUCUGGAACAUUCUGCCUUGGCCAGCCCCUUGGUCCCUUGUGGUCUUUGGCUGAUAUCAUGAGGAACUCCUCACAUGGGCUCUCACUUCCAGUGGGGAUGACGUCUCCCUUGCCUUGCCCCCAUGUUGUCUAAACAUGACUAAAUGAGUGUUCCUUGUCCUGUAAUGCCAUCGCAAAAAUCUAGAAAAACGCAUUUCAGAUCAUAGGGCUUGGGCAGUUUUGUCAUGGAACUUCCCCAAGGCCAUACCAUUGACAACCUUAUUGUUAGUGUACAGCAUUUUAGAGCAUUGACUUUUUUUUUUUUUUUUUUU